AUGAUAAAAAUUUUUAAUAAGUCACUGCAAGAAUAUAUUGAUGAGUUGGCAAAGAAUGGUCUCCUCGAUAAGAUGUACGACGCUGUGAGCAGAGGCACUGCAGACGCGGUGAUGGUUGCCAUAGAUAUUGCGCGUCAAUUAAAUAUAAAACCAGAGAUUGUAAAAAUAAAAAAAGAUUAUGAGAAAGUUAAGACAUUUGAAAUUCUAGCCCCUAGUUUUUGUAAUGGCAAAGAACUAAAAUGUUAUAACACAGGACUUUCAUAUGUUCCAUUCUCUGCUUUAGAAAGGGAUAAACAUAUUAUGGCCAAUACAUACUAUCAAAGAGCUGUAUUAUUAUUUAAAUUAGGACAAACAACUUUGAGCUUGAAUGAUACGGAAAAAGGCCUUGCGCUAAUAAAACAGGAACAACAAUUUCUUGUAGGUCCAUAUCACGUUAGACUUACAAUACACAAUUUAAAAGUAUUACGAGAUAAGUGUGAACCAUUAAACAAACUACAUAAAAACGCCGAAACAACAAGCGACUACGGUAUCAAAUACUUUAAUUUCAAAGAGAACCGUAACAAGAGCAUACCACAUGCAAGUGCAAAUAUAAGCAUCGUGAGAGAAGAUGGCGUGCCCAAAGUGGUUGCAGCACGGGAUAUACGGAUCGGAGAACUCGUAGCGAUUGAACCUGCAUUUGUAGCUGUGCAUCAUAAUACUAACCGCUAUAUAUCUUGUUACAACUGCUUUAAAUUUACUCCUAGUCUUAUCCCGUGUGAGACUUGUUGUUACGCUAUGUUCUGUAAUGAAGCAUGCAGGAAGCAAUGCAUGGAAGGUUACCACAAAAUCGAAUGCCAGAUAAUGGACGUUCUUGAAUCCGUUGCGACUACAGCAAGGUGUAGAUUGUCUGUGAUGACAGCUCUGAAGAUUAGACAAAUGUCCAAGAGCUGGGAGGAUGUCGUUACAGCUUCACGGACUAUCGGCACUGAAAGAAUGAAGAACAGUUCAGACGACGAGAUAUUCGACUGUAAUAAUCCGCAUUCAAUUCUGAGUUACAAUGAUGAUAAAUAUUUAAUUCAUGGCAAAAUAUUUAACCAAAGCAUCAUAUUUGCGACCGUUAUAGACAGUUUAAGUAAUAUACCCGAUUACUUCCCAACUGACGAAAAUGAACAGUUGGAGGCUAUGCAUGCUCUGGGGAGAAUCAUGCUACACUUAUAUAUUACGUUCCCAUUAGAGGUAGAAAUGUUGAAUAUUGUACGCGAUCUAACCAGUCAACGUCUCGUAGAUGUUACUCAAUUAGCGCAGCAUCACGGGUUUUUUUCUUUUGCUAGCAAAAUGAAGCAUUCAUGUGAGGCAAACCUGCAGAGGUUUGGACUCCACAAUAAAUUAUGCUUGAUAGCUGAAAUGCCUAUAAAAAAAGGAACAGAAUUAACAAUGUCGUUUCGAGAUAUUGACUGGCAUAAAAAGCUUAUGAGUCGGGAAUCACAAGCUCAAUCACUUAACUUGGAAUUGGCAUGCGAGUGUCGCAUUUGUAAGGGUGAAAACAUUCCAACAGAGAUUAACUUAAACGCUGAAGAAACGGAAAUUUUCAGAAGAUGGCAGAAUAAGAUUAGUCUCAAUGAAGGCACGGAUGAAAGGCUUUUUAAAGAGACUUGCGAUACUAUACAGGCUCUAUUAAAUUGUAAUGACCCUUAUAAUACACCGCUACCAGUUGAGUUGCAAAUUAAAUAUAAUCAGUACUUAAUACAUUUUCUAAUUUCAUCCACACAAAAUAUGGUUGUGUUAGACCACGAGCGAUGCGAACGCUCAAUGUCCAGCUUUGGACGUCUUCCGGGCUGCGAUGAUGAUGAUGAUGAUGCUGAGAAGUGUCCAUUUCACACAUACAAUACUGGCCACUUCUUGUAUAGCAAGUACCUGUACAUUGCAGAUGCGCUGUCCCGUGCCGUCGCUACAAACUCUGACCCCCCCACCCCCGCGCGCGAUUACUAUGAAACCCAAGCGCAAGCGUUAAUUAGUAUAAUACGAAAGGGAUGGCCGUCAGAUAAAAGUAAGCUAGAAGACAGAUUAAAAUGUUAUUGGGAUAGCAGGGAUGAAUUGUCUGUAAAUUUUGGCAUAAUUUGGAAGGGAUCUCGGGUGGUUAUACCUAACUGUAUGCGCCGGGAGAUGCUUGAAAAGAUACACAUAGGACAUUUAGGAAUCGAGAAGUGUAAACUUAGAGCACGAGAAACCAUGGUUGGUAUUCCAGAGAUCAUAAUGUCUGAUAACGGACCAGAGUUCUCGUCGAUGUCAUUUAGAGAUUUCGCUCGUCAAUGGAAUUUUGACCACGUGACGUCUUCGCCUAGGGGGUAUAAUUAG